AUGUCUCCUCCGUCACAGUUUUCAUCACUGCAUAAAGACAUCGCAUGGAGCAUCUUAGCCCGCGUGCCAAAACGCCUAUACCCAAUCCUCGCUUGCGUCUCCAAGAACUUACUCUCUCUUGUUCGCUCGCCGGAGAUUCACAAGAUCCGCUCUUUCCUUGGCAAAGACUCUGUCUACAUCUGCUUCAUGCACAUUGGUUCACUCUUGGCAAAGACUCUGUCUAAUAAGGAUGGCGUGGGCCACACGUUACAUUGGUUCACUCUCCGCAGAACUGAGACCAACCCAAGUGAGGAGAAUCAGUUAGUCUCCGUCAACGAUCUCACGUUUCCUGAUCACGCCGAGCCCAAGCCUUCCAUCAUCGCUUGUGGUCCAGAGAUUUUCUUUAUCUCCGGAUCAUACGUUCCCUCCUCAACCGUAUGGAUCUUUGACUCUCGAACCGGCGAGUUUCGUCGAGGACCAAGCAUGAACGUGAGACGCUCCUUCAAGAGCGUGGGGUUUGUGGGGAGUAAGAUAUACGUGGUGGGAGGCUAUCUGAAGGAUGAGAUUCAUCAAGCUGAAUCAUUCGACCUAAAGACGCAGACUUGGGAACCAGCAGCACCACCGAGUCCUAACCAAGAAAGGUUGGCUUUUGCGUCUCCUACUGUGUCGUUAGACAGGAAGGUUUGUGGGUUAAUGUAUGUUGCAGCCAUCACUAUUUGCUACGAUCCUAGAGAUGGUUCUUGUGAGGUGUUUGAUUUGCCAAAAGAUAGGUGGUGGGAGACUGGCGUGUGUGUGAUGGACAAUGUGCUCUACGUUUACUACGUUAGGUUCGGGUUGAUGUGGUAUGACACUGGGAUGAAGCUGUGGAGAGUAGUGAAUGGUUUGGAUGAUAUGAAGAAGGUUCGGUCUGUUGCGAUGGCAGAGUACUAUGGGAAGAUGGCGUUUUUAUGGAAAGAUUUUGCUUUUGUUGGUUGUGCAACGGAGGAGGUUUGGUGUAGGAUGAUUGGUUUGGAAAGGAGUGAAGAAGGGAUCAAGGGGACUGCAGAACCGGCUCAGCUUAUGGGGAGUGUACCUCGUGGCUACAUGUUGCAGCAUUGCCUAUCAGUUUCAGAGUAA